ACACUACAUAUAUACGUAAGGUAUUGUUGAAUUCACAAAUAAUUACGAUAGCCUGAGAAAUUAGCACCGCGACGAUACCAUGGCUGACGAAAGCAUCACGCGAAUGAACCUCUCGGCAAUUAAAAAGAUCGACCCUUACGCCAAGGAGAUCGUGGACUCGUCAUCGCACGUCGCGUUCUACACUUUCAACUCGGCGCAGAACGAGUGGGAGAAGACCGACGUCGAAGGCGCCUUCUUCAUAUACCACCGCAAUGCCGAGCCCUUUCACAGCAUCUUCAUCAACAACAGGCUGACGCUUACGUCUUUCGUGGAGCCCAUCACCGGCAGCCUAGAGCUGCAGUCGCAGCCGCCGUUUCUGCUCUACCGCAACGAGCGCUCCCGCAUUCGGGGCUUUUGGUUUUACAACAGCGAGGAGUGCGACCGCAUCAGCGGCUUGGUUAACAGCCUGCUUAAGUCCAAGGAGCAGGGGACCAACGGGCAGUCCCAGCGGCAUGGCCCUGUGCCCCAGCUGCCCAAGCAGGACAACGCAAGCAUAUUUAAUAUGCUAAGCAAGGCGCAAAAGGACUACAACGCCCAGGUGAGCGGCCAGCCGAAGACGCCUUCGACGGAGAGCGUGACGGCCGGCAACGUGCUUAAGUUCUUUGAGUCUGCCAAGCAGGCCACGGCGGAAUCCCUCUUUCACCGCGUCCAGCCACUGUCCGUGGACCAGCUGGAGAAGCAGCAGCGGGCAGCCACUCCUGGCGAGGACCUACUACCCUUGGCGGGCAGGGACAGCCAAGACAGUCGGCUGUCCCCGUUUCAGAAGGCCCAGCAGUUAAACACCCAGCUCCUGAGUGACCUGAAGAUCGGUAAGAGCUUCGCCACGCCGCCUUCCCCGACCACGGCCCCGAGUUCAUCGUCCUUGGGAGCCAACAACGAUGCUGGAAAGUGCCUGCGGAGACUGCUGGCCGGGGACAAACCAGGGCCGGCUCUCAUGCCGCCCACCAUGUUCGACGCGCCCAACAAUGGCAACCCGGAACCCCAGCAGCCCCUUAAUUCGACGCAAUUCGUUCAGGCAUUCACAUACCUUAUCCAGAACGAUAAGGAGUUCGCCAACAAGCUGUACAAAGCCUAUCUCAACAAGUGCUCCAAUUUGCUGCUCGACUCCAGUCCCACAUAUCAAUAAACUGUAAUACCCAACAUUUCCGAAA